UUUUUUAGAACUAAUACCGCACUUUCCCUAAUUUUGGUAAAUAGGCGCUUCGUUAUGCCGUAAAAGUUAAUUUAAAAUGCAGAUUAUAACACGUUUAGCAAAACUUAUUGGCCGGUAAAAAGUUCUGACAGCUGCCAUGAACUUUAUUUUCGAGUUAAAUUAUUAAGGAGCAUCACUGAACAGAAUAAAAUCCAAUUGAAUGUCCUAAUAGAAACGAACACGGAAACUUUUUAAUUGCGGAGUAGUAAAAUUAAUUCCAACUGAAGUUUAUCCCGUCAAGAGAAAAGUUUUAAAAGCGUCUUCAGACUUCUGAAUAAUGGAAAAUCGUUUAAGCACGUUAAAGUUGCACAACUUUUUAAGUGAAAUGGGCUAAAAGGAGGCGACCGCAAUAUAAACAAUCAUCACAUAAAUACGUAAUCAACAAGCGGCCCCCAAAAAAACAGACAGAGACUCCUUGGCAGGCGGCCAGCGCCACGGACCACCACUCACCAGCCACCACCCACCAGCCACCAGACGGCGAAGGCACCACCCAACCACCCAACCACCGAGCCACCCACCACAGCAUGUAAAGGCCUGUGGGCGGUGGGAGUGGCACACACAGACAGCAGUUCGGAGGCGACUUUGGCUAGGUGUGGAUGAAGCGAUGUGAAGGCACAACAUUUUGCAAUAUUAAAGAACUGCAAAGGGAAGGAGCAGGAGAAGCAGCUGGUGGCCAGGUGGUGGAGGACCAUAACCUGUUGCCGACGCGUCCACAAAUAGAGCGGAUUGGGUGAAAGCCUGUCUGGCUGGGUGAAAGGUGAAAGCCGAGCGCCGCCACAAUGGCCGUAAAUGUACUGGACUACGAUCACUUCGCCAUCAGCGCCAUCGUGGUGGGCAGUCUGCAGCUGGUCUUCUUCCUGAUCAACUCCGUGCUCCAAAUGGACAAGCUGACGGACUUUGCCGGCGGCGUUAACUUCAUCAUCAUCUCCCUGCUCACCUUCUUUCUUGGCCAAAUUGAUCGGCCUUCGAAGGCCUACGACAGUCGGCAGCUGAUGGUCACGCUCUUCGUUUGCCUGUGGGGCGCGCGGCUGUCGGGAUACCUACUAUAUCGCAUCGUGAAGCUGGGCCGCGACAAGCAGUUCGAGGAUACCCGCCGCAACAUCAUUCGCUACGCGGUCUUCUGGACCUUCCAGGCCGUUUGGGUGUAUAUUGUGUCACUGCCUGUAAUAAUAAUAAAUUCACCGCGCCACUCGCAGCCGCGCGCUCCAAAGACCAUGACCACACUGGACUCCACGGGCACGGGCAUGUUCAUCGUUGGAUUGCUGGCGGAGACCUACGCGGAUCUGCAGAAGUUCUCCUUCCGCCAGGAUCCGGCCAAUCAGGGCAAGUUCUGCAAUGAUGGACUGUGGAGCGUGUCGCGGCAUCCCAACUACUUCGGCGAAGUGGUCAUCUGGUGGGGCAUCUUUGCCAUAUCGCUGAACGUGAUCAGUGGCCACGAGUGGGUGGCGAUUGCCUCCCCCAUUUUCACCACGAUGAUCAUCCUCUUCUUGUCGGGGAUUCCCCUUCGAGAACGAAGUGCCGAUGAGAAGUACAAAGACCAACUGGAGUACCGGAAGUACAAAGCGUCCACCUCGCCGCUGAUACCAGUGCCUCCCGCCGUCUACGUGGAGGUGCCCAGUGCCCUGAAGUUCAUCCUGUGCUGCGAGUUCCCCAUCUACGACUCGAUGCGCAUCCAGAAGGACCUCAGUCCCUACUCGCUCUCCAUAGCCCGCUCCCACUCGCACAUCUAGCAGUCAGUGGCCCACUCCAGCAGUGCGGCUGGGGUGGGUCAACUGAAUGCCCAUGGCCACUCGGUGGGUCACUCGCUGCACCGGGGUCAGUGCUAUGGGGCCAAUGGCGGCGAUGCCGAGAGCCACCAGAACUGCGGCGGUAGCUGCCGGAACGUGCACGUCAAAUCGAAUCCGUACCAGUGCGAGGCGGGCUACGGACACUAUCCGGUUUGCCACACGGACGACGACACGGAUGAUGGUAUCAUCUACAUGGACCGCACCCACUUCUACCAUGAACAGGAGGAGCAGCCGCACCUGGCCAAAUCGGUGGCGGUGCCCAGUACGAAGUGCAGCUACCUGGCCGAGGAGGAGCUGGCCUCCGACUAUGAUGAGGAUGUGCCCGCCAUCGAUCUCAGCAAGGCCACCAGUGUGGAGAGCUUCGGCACUCGUGUGCAGACGGAGCAUGCCGUGAAUGCCGAUGGGUUACCCGUAACAGUGACCACGAUUUUGUGAUUGCCACUUUAAGAUUUGGUCCCGAUCAAUGUGAGGCUCGCAUUGGGUUUUUAUAUCGGUUGUACAACAGGGUGGAACUCCUUUGCUCGAGUUUUGUACCUUUGAAAUGGUUAACUUUAAACUGCUAUUGGUGGCAUACAAAUGUCCAGCCAUUUCGUUUUAGCCGUGGCUACUGGGAAGUAAUAUUCUGCUAUAAAGAGAUCAAAUUUAUUUAUUCGCAAUUUGGUAAUAGAAAAAUAUGAUGGGCACAAAUAAAUCAAAUUUAGAAACCUAAUUUCGGUGUGUAAAGGACAAAGCUAGAAGGUGAAAGCCUCCACGAUAAAUGUUCUUGUAAAUAUAAUGAAUAGCCAAAAAAACGUUAAAAGUGCUAGAUAAGAACUUCGUUCCACCCUCUUGUACAGAAUGAAAGCCAGGCUUUAAAGUGCUGGCUUUGGAAUGACUUUUUUUGAAGACGAAUGCCAAAGUACCGCUGCGUACCAAGCAUCUUGGAUAACACUCUAGUCUCUAUGCUACAGUUGCUCAAAUAACUAAUGUGCCUCUUAUGUGCUCUGCGCACCCCUAGAUUGUUGCACUCCUUCAAAGUUUACGCUAGUCUCUGUUGAAUCCUCGUUGCCCCACCACCCCACUUGAUGAAUGAACUUCAACUAUAUAGACCUAUACCUGUAUCUAUAUCUAUAUCUGUAUCUAUUUCCCAACUGCAUAUUUUCGCAUCGAACCGCGAACCGCAAACCGCGAACCACACCCCACCAAACGAAAGGAAUCGAAUCUGAAGCCAUUUAAACUGAAACAUAUCCGAGGCAACGGCAACCCAACCAAAAGGUCGAUUUACACACACAAUAAGUACAAGAAUUGUCGCAGUGAAUUACGAUAGAGGACGUUCGAUAGCCAUUGUUAUUUUAUAUACCGGAAUAUAUAUAUCUGCUCAUGGUAGCUAAAUCGAAAACCGAAAUAUACGUUACCACAAAUGUUCUCCAUAGGUGUACGUGUACGUGUACGUGUCUGUGUCUAGUUGGUGUCUCAAAUGUUAAGCAGUAUUAUACCUAAUGAACGAAUUGUACCUAAUGAUUAUGCUGAGUAUGGAAACUAAUAAACGAAAGCAAAGUAAAUUUAUUUUA